AUGAGUACAGCUGUAGAGCCACGCCAGGACAGUUUCCAUGGGGGACCGUCUUAUGGCACACCAAGAGGUCAAGAAAUGGUGCCUAAAGAAGGUUUACUGCCUGAGCUGAAAAACAGUGAAAAUCAGGUGGACCGUACCAAGCCACUACCUACUUCCUUACAGAGCGAUUUUUUACCUGAAGAUGUUCUGUUUGCCCUUACACAGCCACCACCAGUUAGGGAUCAACUGGGCCCUCCUAACAGGGCAAGAAAUCUCAGCACCACUUCGGUUCAGACUCGCCCGCCACCUGCAAGUGUCUGGGGUCACAAGAGACGUGAACGAUUCAAGCAUCUCACAGAAAAUACACCUUGUGUAUGUGGUGCUGGCAAUGACAUCUCGUUCCUCUAUGAUGUUCCCAAACCAGAAGUGGGACUUGAGAGACCAGAUAAAAUAGAUAAAAGUCAAGUGAGGAAAGAACAUUUGGACAAACAGAGAAAGCCAUUAGUAUUACCAGACACCCUGAUACCAGAUGAAUACCAUGUUGUCAAAAACCGAGGAGUGAUGGGAAUUGAGUUCCAUGAGGAUAAAUACAGUAACCAGGUAGAGGACCAUGAGAAACACUUAGUCAUGUUUCCAUCUAUGAAACCAUCCAGUCGGUAUGAGGUAUUACAGCUAAAGAAAACUCUAGGAGAGAUGCUGGAAAGAGCUGGAGUAAAUGAUGCAGAGAAGGAAAUCAAAGGUCCUACUCAGAUGCACAACUUGAUGGAGCUGAUUAAGAAAGAACAGGACAUCUACAAUGUUGUCUUUCAUGAACUUAUCCGACAGACCAGUGUGGAGUGUGUGGAGCGAGGAGAACUCCUGGCAGACUUACGUCUCAAAUACAAAGAGCUUCUGAACAAGGUGCCUCAACAGAUCAAAAGUUUACAUGAAGAGGUGAUGGCACAAAGAGCAUUGGAUCGCAGACUGACUGAAGAACUGAUGAGGUUCAAGUCAACCAUUAGUAUUCUGACCAGUGAAUUGUCAGCUGUCAAGGAACACGAUCGGAAGGUCACCAAGGAAGCAGCACAGGCACAGGAAGAUCUCCGUACUGCCUUGAUGGAGGCUCAGAAAAAUGCCAGUUUAUUGGCAGAAUACCAUGAUUUAUAUGAACUUCAACGUAAACGCUUAGAAGGCCAGGUUCUUAUGCUGACAGAGGAGAGAGAGUUAUGGAGUCAAGCUGCCUACAGUCUAGCCCUAAAGGUGACAGCAGAAGCAAACCUUGUCACAGCCAAGCGAUUACAUGUCAGUGAAAAGUCCUGGGCCAAACUUGCGACUCACUUUACCAUCCUCUUAAGUGAUAAAGAUACUGAACUCCUGGCACGACUGCAAGGUCACGUGGAGAAGUGGCGUGACCUGGUGGAGGAUUUUAACAUGGUGCUCAUCAUGCGUGAAGAUGAGAUGAAGACAAAUAUAAGCGGUCUACGCAGCGGCAUUGAACGGUGGAUGAAUGAUAUCAGAAAUCUUUACUUUGGUGAUUUGCUUUUUUCAUACUGCACGAAGGAUGGCCAUUUCAUCAAGGCCCCGGAGGAUGACCGACUGGGGAUGUUGCUGGAGGACAUUAGGAGAUGGGAGGAUGUGCUUGGCCGAGAGUCAGAAAAGUUUGGUGGUGACACACUUCUCAAUGGCCAAGAACAGUUAAUGGUCAUAAGGCGACAAAUGGAUGGCUGGACAGAUAAUGCUCUGAAAGUCUUCAAUCGCCACCGAAAGGAACCAAAUGUCAACCAUCCAAGUCAAGACAGCAUGAACAUCCUUAAUGAGGAGGUGGAAGAACUUCUCAAACAGUUUAACAACAGAAUCACUGGCGAGAAUGGGUAUUACUUUUCAUCAGGCUGUGUUAAUUUCCUUGCAGGUGUUGCUCCCAAUGCUAUCCAUCUUUUAAAUGCCUUGGAGACAUGGGACAUGCGAGUGUCAUCUGCUCUGAACGGGACACUUCCCAUACAUGAUAACGAAUGGGGAGCAUUAUGUCAGCUCAUGGAGGAAUGGUUGACGGCUGUGGACUCAGCGGCAGAGUAUGUGGGCACCACGCAGAGUGAGGAGGAUCGGGACGAAGGAAAGCCACACACGAGAAUUGAGGUGACUGAAACAAUCAAGAAGGUACAGAAAUGGACGACAACCUCAACAAAUGCGAUUGACAGUGAGGAUGCAAAGCUAGUUGAACAGGUUUUGACUCUUCACUCCUCUAUGGUGAGGUGGAUGGUACAGAUGUUGCUGAGACUGGCCCCAGACAGAGAAGAUAACUCUAAGGAGGCUAGUGAGAUGGCAUUACUGGGCAGUGCUCCACUAGGUGAACUCCAUGCCAAAAUCAAGACUCUAUUUGAACAGCUGGAAAUGUUCACAAAUUAUGUUGCUCUGUGCUGUAGUGGAAUUGUGAUGGAUAAUACACAAGUUCGCCGUGACAAUAUGGAAGACAAUGCUGACCAUGAGUUGAAGGAUCUUCAUCGCUUACGGCAUGAAUGUGAAGACUGGAUAAAAACAGCCAAAUUGUUGACCAGUCAAUUACUGGGAGAGUCCGUCAUCUCUCUGUUCCCACCACCGAUCCAGACAGACGACAAGGUGCUCAAACCACGCACAGAGUCCAUGGCAACAGAUGUUGAUCUUUAUUAUGAUCAUGAGAAACUUGAGAAACCUGAAGAAAAACAACCUGAACAAGGAACUCCUUCUGAGCCAAAGGAACCAGAGACCAAGCCAGCAGAGGAGACGAAACCAGAGGAGCCAACCUCACCCAAGGAAAGGGAGCAACAGGCACCAGAUGGAGCCACUGAAGAGGUACUCCCACCUCCAACAGAGGGCACUGUACAACCCAAGGCAGAGAAGGAAGCAGAGAUAGAUGACCUGGAGAGAUUGGAAGUCAUUGGACAUGAUGACAACACCCAUGUAAAAACACUGGAUCAGGCACCUUUAGAACCUGUACCCCCAAAAGAACCAGCACCAGCAGUGAGGACAGUUGAUGCCCCAGACACACACAAGGCCUUUCAGGCUCUUACUGCCAUGGAUUCACUACAAAAUCAACUCAUAGAUACAGAAGAGCGUGCCCAGAGAGCUGAGGAGCGGGCAGCCGCUGCUGAAACUGAUCUAGCAACUGCUGAGGAGAAACUUCGUGAUUUGGAGAAAAAACUGAUGAAAUAUGAACAAGCUGAGGGAUCAGAAAGCAGAGUAGCAUCAGUCUCCCCAACAAAGACGGCCGUCACUCCUACACCAACGACUCCGAAGGAUCCACCUGAUACCAAAGAGGAGAAGAAACGUCCCGAGUCUCAGGCCUCCAAGGGAAGCAGUAAAUCUAAAAAGAAGAAAGACAAAUAAAUACCCUUGCCAUUUAUCAUCAGAGGUGGAGUCAUUUUCCCAAACAUCCAAAAAAUAUUCAUCUCCUCCAUCGUAAUUGUGUCAGAAACCAGGAAAUAUUAAUUUAACUAAGGUCGUGUGUAUAGUUCUGUCUGAGAACUUCCUUUAAUGAAUUACAUAGAUGGAACCAGAACUGCUAAAUAAAGCUGUGGUGAAGUAUUAUUAGUAGAAUCUUAACUUGGUAAUUAUUUUGUACA